AUGUACUUUCAUGGAAUUGAGACAAGAAUCAACAGGCCAAGCCGUAAUGAUGACAGUGGUGAUAACAAUAGCAACACACAGCUCCAGAUUUUUGCCAAAAUUGGAAGACGGCUUAUUGGGAAUAGAUAUUGUGAGAUGGAGAUGAAUGAAUUGAACAAAGCACAAGCCUACGUUCUAAAGAACUGUGAAGAGGUUUCUCCAUAUACAGGCAUUCACAAGGAAUAUUAUUUAAGGACACAGAGCACCAAAAAUGUAGACAAGCGGCAUGAGAAAGAGUUCUUUCAGUGGUUCAAGAACCAUAUAUCAACUAUGUAUUCCAAAGGAGAUCCUUCUGUUUCUGAUGAAUUGUUUGAUCUAGCAAGAGGACCCGAUACUAGAGUGACACAUUUCUCAAGUUAUAUGGUCAAUGGAUGGAGAUUUAACACAAGGGACAGAGACGCCCUAUUUCAAGCACAAAACAGUGGAGUAUUUGUCAAGGGUGAUGAAGGAACUGGAAACAAAGAUUACUUUGGUGUCUUGACAGAUAUUGUGGAGCUUUUAUAUGGGACUCAUAAGCUGUCAACAGAUGAGCCAUAUGUUUUGGCUUCGCAAGCAGAGCAAGUAUAUUAUGUGAAUGAUACUCAAGAUCCAAAAUGGUAUGUCAUGGUAAAGACUAUAUCUCGUGAUUAUUUUGACACUCCUCCCACUGAUGAAGAAGAUGCCACUACUAAAUCAAGUAAAUCCAGUCCUGAAGCUUGCCAAGAAAAUGAAGUAAUAACUGUGCCGAAUCCAAAUACAAUAGAAGAUGAUGACACAAGUAUAUUGGACACACCUCAAGUUGAAGCGGAAGCUGAAGGUAUGCCUGUGGCUGUGGAAGGUAAUCCGAUACUCCAUUACGAGGGUGACGUUCAGGAUGAAGAUGAGCAACAAGAAUCUGAAAGUGAUGACAGCGAAGGUGGUGAGUACAUGGAUUCAGAUGACGAAGACAGUGAAUCGGAAGAAGAAAUAGAUAACGACUAG